UAAUUGCAAAUAAUAUUAAUAAUACUAAGAAUUAGUUUCUCUUUACGUCUUAUUGGACAUUAUUAAAUUGAAUGUUUUUUUUUAUGUUUGAAAUGAAUAGUAAUCUGUAGAUUUAUAUUUGUUAUUAACAAAUAAUAAUUUAAACCCACAAUCAAAAUAAUAACACAAUGCUUAACGCAAAAUAAGACGAAGAUGAUCGCUAUUAUCUAUUGUACAUUGUCUAUGAUAGGGUAUUCCUUUCAACAUAGCACUUCAAAGGUUAUUAUUAUUACCUUGCAUUAAAAACAUAUAAGGUUCCGUAGAUUUUUAUUUUAGGACGAGAUUACAUCAAAGAAAAUUUACAGAAUAUUAUUCAAUUAUCUUUAUGAAUUACAUUUAUAAUAUCAGGGCGUGUCACACUUUCUUUUUUUAUUGCCCUUGUAGGUAAACGAGCAUACGGCCCACCUGAAGGUGAGUGGUUACCGUCGCCCAUUGACUUCAGCAAUGCCAGGGGCAGAGCCAAGCCGCUGCCUACCGCUUAAUACUCUCCACAAGCCUCGUUUGAAGAAGGACAUGUCAUAGCGCUCGGGAAACACCGUGGAGGGGAGCUCAUUCCAUAGCCGGAUGGUACGUGGCAAAAAAGACCUCUGGAAACGCACUAUUAAUUUACUUAUUUUAUCAUUUUGAAGGUAAUUUUCAGAUUAAUUGUUUAGUCUUCCUACUAAAAUUACAGCUCGACCAAGCUAAGUUUGCACCCCGCAUCGAUUACUUCACACUGCCACCUAGGUGCGGUCUGAAAAAAGGAUUCGCUAUGACUUUAAAAAUGAUUAUGUUUCUGUCGGCGACAAAGAUACUAACCGUGCUGACGCGACAGGCCGAUCGCGGGAAGGUGAGCGGGGAAACGGGCGGACCGCCGCGCCGCAUUCCAGCGAGGUGCAAACUUAGCUUGGUCAAGUUGUAACUUCAUAGUCUAAAUCAGCUAAUUUCACACUAAAUCUCUUAACCUAUUUAACGUUAGAUACAACUUUAUAUAUAUUUAGAUAUUUUUUAUAAUCGACGCUAAUGAUUCACUGAUGAUUAUGAUUAACUAUAAGUAAUGACUCUGAAAUUAACUUGCAAGCUGCAGUAUCCUGGAUAUGCCAAAUAGGUGGUUUCAUAUCGUUUAUAUAGUGGUAAAUUUAAAUUAAUUUAAAGUUAAGUAAAGGCUAGUUAAGUUAAGUAAAGGUAAUUUUAAGUAAAGGCAGACAAAAUUACCGCUAACUCUGUUUUACUUGGAAUUUUAUGGGACUAAAAAUUACUAACAUUUUUUUAUCUGAGAAAUUGUAUUUAAUUUUUCCUAAUACUUUCCCUUUUCGGAAAACUUUCUUUUCAGCGAACCCUAAAUUUUAGUCAAGUCGUGUCAUACAAAAGUGUUGACAGAAAACAAAAAUUUCUACUUAUUUGAUUCAACAAUUAUGCAUUCUUAGAACAAUAAAAAAAGUGAUUUAAUUAUUGACCCCUCAGUAGAUAUUUAUGAAAAGAAAGCUAUAAAACGGUGAUUUCAAACCAAGAAGCUUAGGUUUAAAAGACGAAAUCCGAUCAUAUAUAUCAUUUUUUACAUUAAUUUUCUGGCAACAUUUAUCCGAUAGUUGACCGAAAAAGAACCGAAAGCUCUGGAAGAACUGAAACCGAGUAAGCGUAAUACCUCAAUUUCAUUCUAAAACGGAUUCUUGUGUUGAAGAGUCGUACUCUAAACUUCCUUAAUCAACAUAGUAGCUUUUAUACCUGCGUAUCGCUCGAAGAGAACAAAAAUUAAAGGAACAUGGGGCUUCUAGCUGCAUUAGUGGUAAACGCGGUCGGCGGUGCUGUAAUAUAUGGCACUGGGGGUCUGUUGACUCCAUUAGUGGCUCCCGUGCUCGGUUUCAGCUCAGCGGGAAUAGCGGCAGGAAGCACAGCCGCUGCUGCACAAGCAUACUACGGAAAUUUAGUGGCCGGCAGCAUUGUGUCACAGUUGACUGCUGCUGCCAUGGUAGCCCCCACGCCAUGAGGUGAUGCUAAACAUCACCCGUUCUCGACAUCGCUCCAGGAUCGGACCUUUUCUGUUUUAUUUGGAAUUAAAAUGCAUUUAAAUUUUUAAUAAAUUUGUCGAUGCGAUGUA